AUGGACCCUCUUCUUCACCAAGAUGUCUACACCGAUCUUCUCACUUUUACUUUCUGUGGCCCUAACCAAUCCCAAAACCAACCACUGUUCAUUGAUGCGCAGGAUCCCUCGCGUUCUUUUACAGCAGCACAAUUCCGACAAUUGGUCCGAAGUCUGAUUGCUGGAUUCAAAGCGCAUAAUGUCCAACAGGGAGAUUCAGUACUUCUGCAUCUAGGAAAUAGUAUCCUAUAUCCUGCUCUAUUUUUCGGAAUUAUCGGGGCUGGAGGCGUGUACAUGGGUUCCAAUCCACGCAGCCAGCCCCAAGAGCUCGACCAUAUUAUUGGUCUCGCUGAGCCUAAAUUAAUACUCACCACACGUGAAGCUCUGCCCAUGGUCCUGGAAGUUGGUGCCGCCCGAGGCAUCAACCCCUCCCAAAUAUGUCUUGUCGAUGAGCAAGCCAUGGAUUAUUGCGCUCAGUUAUUCCUGUGGUACGAACUAGGCCAUCCAGUCGGGGCUGCUUUCUCCCAGGUGGGUAGCAAUGAUGCGUACCGCCACAACUUCGCAAAUUUGCUGGCGUAUGGUGAAAGGGACUGGCUCAUGUUCUCGGACCCUGUCCUCGCACAGUCCACGCCUGCUGCCAUGUUUUCAACCAGUGGCACGGGUGGUCUACCCAAGGCAGCCAUUUUGUCUCAUCAUGCUAUCGUGUCGCACCAUCGCUCUAUCCAGUACGAUGUGCCGUUCCCAGUCAGCCGUCUAAUGACGUUGCCAAUGUUCCAUCUCUUUGGAGCUCUCUGGACUCAUAUCUUCCCUGUCCGCUAUGGCCAACCACUCUUUGUCCUGCCUCGCUUUGAUCUCCGCGUCUUCCUAGAGACUAUACAAAGAUACCAAAUCUCCGAGACAUACUUGGUUCCAGCUACCAUCCAUACUAUCAACCGUUCACCUUUGCCAACUGCUCAUUAUCUGUCCUCUCUGCGCUAUGUAGGUAUUGCAGGUGCCCCUAUCGACGACCAGUCCAUACUUCACUUCCGUAGCCAGCUUCAUUCUACGGCAGAUGCCUGCCAGCUAUGGGGCAUGACUGAAGUGGGUGUCGUUUUCCAGACUCGUUAUGGCCAGCGAAACAAUCCCGAUAGUAUCGGUACUCGUCUUCCUGGAUAUGAGGUUCGCCUGGUAGACCAUGAAGGCAGAAUUGUACAGACGGAUGGAUGUGCAGGUGAACUAUAUGUUCAAGGCGCUGGAUUGCUUAUGGCAUAUAAAGGCCGCAACGAUGCCAAAGAUGCUAUGGGGUGGUUCCGCACCGGCGAUGUUGCGUUUGUAAAACAAGGCCAGUAUUUCAUCGUCGGGCGAACAAAGGAGCUGAUCAAAGUACGAGGAUGGCAAGUGGCCCCUGCCGAAGUCGAAGGCGUCCUCCUCCAGCACCCAGGUGUCAGGGAUGUCGCCGUAACAGGGGUUGAUCUGAAGGAUGGUGGGGGUGAGGUUCCCCGUGCUUUCAUAGUGCGGUCUCAAGACUUUUCGAGUCGACUGACAGCCGAUGAAGCCUACACUUUUGUUCGUCAGCGUUUGGCAAGCUACAAGGCUUUAGACGGCGGCGUUAUAUUCGUUGAAGAGAUUCCCCGUACAGCGAGCGGGAAGAUCCAACGCUUCAAGCUGUCGCAGAUGAAUACCUACCGGGAGAUGGUCACAUCACUAGUUUCGGGGUUUGGGGGACCUCGAAAUGGCGUUGUUGAAACACACUCCUUGCCAACGAGUGCUGAUGUGCCACCAGCCAUGGCUCCUGAGGGACUUCUCACAGUCUAA